AUGACCUUUGCUGAAGACUACAGGAAUCCAAUCAUCCCCUCAGACCUGCAACAAGAACAGCAACAACACCAGCCUCAUCAUCUCUCCACCAUUCAUCAUCACCAGCAGGAUCACAUCUCCUUCGCCCCUGAACCAACUGCAACCAACAACCCUACCAAGCUAGUCAAGCGCAACUCGCUCAAGCUCGCCAAGCGUAUCAGCUCAAGCUCUCUCCUCCCAUCCAACUACUCCACCAAGAAUAAGUCAACAACUCCAACAGCAGCUUCUUCCAGCUCUCCCUCAACUAGAGCCCGUCGCUCUUCCUCCGCUGCUUCGAACCACCUUCGCAACAACAGCAACCUCCGCCACCUCAAUAGCCACAACAAGCCCUCGAAAGCAGGCGCCCUUUUCCAAUCCAUCCUUCACCAUCCUGUCGUUAUGUCCUUGAAGGACAAUAUUAUGGCUCGUAAAGGUUACUGGCUCCGCAAUGGCGCAAUCCUGUUCUUUGGUUUGACCCUCUUUUUCUUUGUCAUGCUCCCAAAGAGCGAGCCUAAUCUCCACGACAACAUCCCAGUUGCCCACCCAGAAAGACCUCUGAUCCAAUAUGUGCUCAUGAUUGAUGCCGGUUCGUCCGGUUCGCGCAUCCACGUUUACAAGUUCAACUACUGUAAGGCGACCCCGGAACUGGAGAGUGAGGUCUUUAAAAUGCUCGAGCCUGGUCUUUCGAAAUAUGGCGAUGAUGCGCAGGGCGCUGCAAAGUCUCUGGACCCACUCCUCGAGGCCGCUUUGGAAUCUGUCCCCAAGUUCUUGCACAAGUCGACGCCCGUUGCUGUCAAGGCGACAGCUGGACUCCGUUUGUUGGGUCCAGAAAAGUCGAACAGGAUCUUGGAGGCUGUCCGUCAUCGGUUGGAGACUGUAUACCCCUUCCCCAUCAUCAAGGAACAAGGAGUCGCUGUCAUGGAUGGAGGUGAUGAGGGCGUGUAUGCUUGGGUCACAGUCAAUUACCUCUUGGGACGUAUCAGCUCGAUUGAAAAGACCCCCACUGUCGCCAUCAUGGAUCUUGGAGGCGCCUCGACUCAGAUUGUUUUUGAGCCCCUCACCGUCAAUGGCCACUCUGUCGCCCAGGGCCCUCAGCGUGUGCCCAUGUCCUUCAACGGCAACAACUAUGUUCUCUUCCAGCACUCGUACCUCAACUACGGAUUGAACGAGGCCAACAAGGCGAUCAACAACUAUGUGAUUGAGAACCCUAUCGACAACACCGAAGACAUCAAUCUCUCUGCCGACGAGUACCUCCACCCUUGCAUGCCCGUCGACAGCCGCAAGAAGUACCUGCACGGCGAGAAGGAGGUGACCCUGAUCGGCGUCUCUGACACCGCCAACGAGUGCCGUCGCGUAGUCGAGGCCAUCUUUUACAAGGACAAAGCCUGCAGCCAGAACCCUUGCUCCUUCAACGGCGUCUACCAGCCCUCGCUCGCCACCUCCUUUAACUCGGACAUAUAUGCCUUCUCCUACAUUUUUGAUCGUAUCACCCCCUUCCUUGCUGGAUCCGACGUCCCCAUUCAGGAUAUCACUCUCCAGCAGCUCGAGGAGCUGACUGAGCGUGUCUGUGUCGCUGACGAAGACGCCUUUAAGGAGUUUGAUUCGGUUCCCACGGCAAAGACUGAGCUCGGAAGGGUCGCCGAGAUGUGCAUGGACUUGAACUACAUCUAUGGAUUGUUCCAGUACGGAUACGGGAUCCCAAAGGGCCACAAGAUCAAUCUGACAAAGAAGAUUCGCGACUAUGAGACCGGUUGGUGCUUGGGUGCCAGUAUUGCCGUCCUCGAGGAUCGUUGGUACCUCGGCGCUUAA